UCGUUGAUUUAUAUUUCAGCUUUAGGUAACAUAGACGUGUUUUUAAAUCGUUAGUUUUAUAUGACGCUUGCGUUUAUGUACGUCGGUUUGUUUAGGUUAUCACUGGCUGUUAUAUUUCAACUAACGUUAGGCCUAUAGCCGAAUGAGAACCCGUUUACUAUACGAGGACGAAAUCGAAGUAAUUUCAGUUCUUAAAAACAGAAUUCAUUUCAGCUUCCAGUUUCCAUUCACUCGAUUCAGUUUCCAUCUAAGUUACCGGUUAGUUAGUUUUAGCCAGGUCGACGUGAAGACGCUCACUAACGCAAAGUAUACAACAUCUGACGCGAUGGCCUCUCAGAAUAUGGAUCCCGCAGCAGCCUCGUCUACGGCAGCGCUGAAGGGCAGCGAGACGAGCGGAAGUGUGUCGAAAGGAUCCGUCACUAAAAGGCUUCAGCAAGAAUUGAUGACACUAAUGAUGUCAGGAGACAAGGGCAUUUCAGCGUUUCCAGAGUCUGACAAUCUCUUCAAAUGGAUUGGCACAAUAGAUGGCGCUCAAGGAACGGUUUAUGAAGGUUUGAGGUACAAACUUUCACUGGAGUUUCCUAGCGGGUACCCCUACAAUGCCCCUCGGGUGAAAUUCAUCACUGCUUGUUUCCACCCAAAUGUUGAUGAGAAUGGCUUCAUCUGCCUAGACAUUUUAAAGGACAAGUGGUCUGCACUAUAUGAUGUCCGCUCCAUUCUAUUGUCCAUUCAGAGUUUAUUAGGAGAACCAAACAAUGAUAGUCCAAUGAACUCUGCAGCUGCUGAACUAUGGGAUGACCAGGAAGCCUUCAAAGCCCAUUUGCACGCAACCUACAAGAACUGACCAUGAACAUUAAAGUCUCCCUCUUGUUUUAUCUGUGUCUGUUUUCUUGUUCAAUGUAAAUUUUCUGUAAUGGGUCUGUGUGUAUAUUAUUUCUAUGUUGUAUUAAAGUUGCCUUAAUAAAAUGCUGAUUGAAUUGA